GGAUGUUCCGAAUGCAAAACGGAAGUGUUAACAAAACAUGGCGGCGCCCAUGCAUGAUUUUAGUCAGCAUGAUCAGAAAUCUAAGAAACCCUGUAGAACGUGCACAGACUUUACAACAUGGAUGAAAAUACAAGGCAAAACGCCUAAAAAGGUUAGCAUAGCGUUCCAUCACAACAUCAGCAGAUCACAACAUCAGCAGAAAGAGAUGAAGGACUUCAUGCAUCUCUUCUCAAAGUACUAUCCUUGUGACUACUGUGCAGAAGACCUCAGGCAAAACCUGAAGACAAACACUCCUGAUACAAGCAACAGACAUCAGUUUUCACAGUGGCUGUGUCGUCUUCAUAAUGAUGUAAACCGCAAACUUGGGAAACCAGAAUUUGAUUGUAGACGUGUCGAUGAGCGAUGGAAAGAUGGAUGGAAAGAUGGGUCAUGUGGUUGACAAAGUACAGAUCUAGGUUCUUCUAAAACAGUGUGUUUGAACUGUUGAGCGUGAUUGUGGUCUGGGUCAUUAAUGAACCAUCAGCUUAAUACCUGUAGCAGGUAAAGUUACUAUUGAUUAGUAAGAUGUGUAUUCGGAUACCAGCAAGAUGUGACUUUGAAUCGUAGGCAAGUCUAUAAUGGAAAUAACAACUGUAUCAGUUAUCCUUAUACAAUUAGAAGCAGCUCCUUCAGGUUUAAAACGUCUGUUAUGCUGAACAUCUCUAUUCACAUCUUCACCGUCAUUCAUGUUUGGUAUAUACUUCUCAAAGUAGUAAAAGAACACCCAUUGUUCAUGUGGUCUUGCAACACAAAUACUUCCAGUGUUUUAUUAGCUUUCUCUGAGCAGAAUAGGUGAAAACUAAUGUGUUAUUGUUUCAGUUAUUACAGAGAACAGAGAACAGAUGGUUGUUUUUUAACCUUAAACUUAAUUUUUUUUUAUGCUUCAUUGAUAUUCUUCCUGUAAAGUUCUAUUGAUUAACUUCAAAUAAGAAUAACUUUUAAGUUCAUAUGUAGUGCCCUUCAAUGAUAUGUUAAGCAGAAGUUUUAGUCGCUGUGAUAGUCCCAAUGUGAUUGGAUUACAUUAUAUUCCAUUUUUUGUGACAGUCAUCUGUGCUGAAUAUGUUGCAAGGAAUUCAAAAUGUACUUUGUUUGUCAUGUGUUAGCAUGUAAAUGCCUUUUUAUAUACACUUGUUACUGAAAACAGUAAUAAAAAUUGUGUCUAUGUUUUUUAA